AUUGUUGGUGUUACAACGGUAAAUACGCAAAAAAGAUGAAACGUCUUGUCGUAUUUGAUUUUGAUUGGUCAUUGAUAGAUAACAAUUCAGAUGUAUGGAUACUUGAACAAUUAUCGAAAGAACUUGCAGAGAAAAUUGUUGAAUUACGAAAAAAAAUUCAAUGGACCGACUUAAUACAUAUGUUGUUGGAUGAAUUACAUCAGCAAGGUGUAACGAGACAACAAAUAGAAAACGCAUUAACAAAAAUUCCAUUUGACCCGGCCAUGAUUGAAGCAUUGAAAAUUAUUAAACGCGGCAAGGGAGAAAUUAUAAUUCUUUCGGAUGCUAAUACAGAAUUCAUUGAUAUAAUACUAAAAGCAUAUGGAGUAAGGGAUUUAGUAUCUUUUAUUAUAAGCAAUCCGGCAAAUUGGGACGAAGAUGGUCGAUUACAUGUAAAAAGAUUAAUUUCUCCGGAAGAUUCUCCUCAUAAAUGUGAAAAUCAAUGUAGUGUAAAUAUUUGUAAAGGUCGUGAAUUGGUUAAUUAUUUGUCUUUACAUCCAGAUGGAUUUAAUCAAAUUUUUUAUGUUGGUGAUUCGUUAAACGAUUUUUGUCCAGCUACUAAAAUGUCGAGGAAUGAUACAUUUUUGGUAAGAAAAGGAUUUAAAUUAGAAAAGUUUUUAGCUUCAUCAAAGAAUGAAUUAAAGCCAAGGAUUGUAUAUUGGCAAGAUGCUGAAGAUUUUCUGAAUGCUAUACUAUUAGAAUUUAAAUAAAAAAUAUAAAUUAAAAAAUUCCACUAAC